GCUGUGGGCGUUACGCCCUAAGCGUCACUAAUGCGGCUGCAGCUAGCAGCUCGACGCCGCCGCUUCCGGUGUGCCGUCCUGCCGCAGCUCGCCGCGCAGGCACGGAAGACUGAGAAACAUGGAAUCCUCUUUGACCAUCGGGGAGUUCUUCACCACGCUGCGUGAGAUGGGCUUCAGCGAGGCCCAGAUCCAGACAGCCAUGCAGGCGGGCCACUUCUCAGUGCCGGAGGCCGCAGAGUGGCUUCUACAAGGGGCGGGUCCCAGGCACAAGCUGGUUAGAGAGUCCUCCCAGCCCACAGAAACCGCAUUCUCUGCUUUCAACCCCCCUAAAACCUCAGAGACUCUGGGCAGUGCAGGGACUUCACCACCACCUGCUGCUGAGGAUUCUGGGAAUAAAGGGGCUGUGGCUCUCUCCGGUCCCACAACAGAACUGCCUCCCCUCGGGUCCCGGAUCAAGCAUGAUCGCAGUGGUUUCCAGGAGCAACAGAGGCAGCGUGUGGCCCAGGAGGCGCGAGCUGAGAGGAGGCAGAAGAAGCAGGAGAGAGAGCUGGCACUGAGGCGCAUCGCCGAAGACCGCCGCAGUCUGCAGGAAAAGAGCCAGCCAGGAGGUCAGGCCUUGUCCCCCCCUGCCGCCACCCCUGGCCAGGGCCAGAGGCUGGGGGGCAGGGUGCAGACCAGCGUGGACAAUCAGUGCCUCCUCAUGAUUCGGCUGCCGUCUGGGGAGUCCAUGCGGGAGCGCUUCCCAGCUGAGGCCCCGCUCCGCUGCGUCGUGGAGCACAUCUCGGAGCGUCACCCAUCGCUGGCCUCCUUCACCCUCCUGCACAGUUUCCCCCGCAAACGCUUUGGGGAGGCCGAGCUUUCCCUGUCGCUGCGUGAGCUGGGCCUCACCCCCAACGCGGCGCUCUGCAUCCAGGCCACGCCACCGGAGAUGCCCGGAGUGGGCACACGGGGCCAGGAGGAGGUGGCAGAGGAAGUGGAGGAGCAGCAGCAGCCGCCACCUCCGUCACUAUCGCCUCCACGCCCCCUGCCCCGGCAGCUGUGGGAGGAGGCCGUCGGGUACGCUGGAAUCCCAGGGGUGGCGCCUCCUCUGGCCGGCCAGCCUCACUACUGGGGACGGGGUCAAAAGCUAGUUCCAGGUGACGUGGAAGAGGGCUCCAGCUCUGGGGAAGAGGAGGAAGAUGUUCCACUAGUGGAAAAUGGGCCACCCCCCAUCCCCAUCCCCGGUCUUCCUCAGCUUCCCUUCCUUCCCGAGCACCGGCCCUGGGGGUUGGCUGAGCCCCCGCACCACUGGCCAGACCAGGGCAACAGGCUUCGAGAGGGCCCCAUAGACGCAGGCCCCCAAGAUGGCAGGGUGGCCCCGGGUGUGGCGGGACAGGCGGCCGCCGAGCGCCUCCAGAGAGCCCCGCCCCACGAGGAGUCCCCAGGGUCAGCUGGGCACCCGUCCCCCCCCAAGAAGGUCUUCCGGACGCCCAGUGUGCCCCCGCUCUGCUCCAUGGCAGCCCGGGCUGCCGUGACCCUCGUUACAGCCCCUAGCAUGCAGUACAGCAGCAGCCUGUCAUGUCUCACGCCGGAGCUAGCCGAGCUGCUGCUCACCCACAUAGCCCGGGAGAGGCUGCUGCGACCCCGCACCCUGGAGCUCUUCUUUGGUUGCCCGUUGCAGAAGUUUGUCCUCAACUGCUACCCAUACUCCACCAACGAGCUGCUUCGCCAGCUACGGGCCUUCACGGCACUGAAGCACCUGAGUCUCGUCAGCUCACCCCUCAUUACGGACUCGGGCCUCUCGGUGCUCCCUGGCCUGCAGAAGCUGCAGCACCUGAACCUCUCCUCCUGCAGCAAGCUGACGGACUCCUGCCUGCGUCACAUCGGAGAGCUGAGGGCACUCUCCUCGCUAUCCCUGGACCAGACCAAAGUGAGUGACGCAGGCAUGGUGCCCUUCCUGCAGGGGGCGCCACCGUCACUCGUGCAGCUCAACCUGAACCAGACGUCGGUGAGCGAGGCCACAUUGGCGGUGUUGCCAGUCUGCGUCCCCCAACUGCGCCUUCUCAGUAUCAAGCAGACUAAGGUGAGGGAGGUGUCGGCCCUGGCGCAGCUGUCUGCCUUGCAGACGCUAUACCUAGACGGCACCGCUGUGACGGAGGCCUCGCUGGAGAGCCUGGCUGCCCACCCCACCCUCUCUGGACUUGGUCUUGCUGGCAUUCCGGUCGCCAGUGGCGACCAUGCUCUCCAGAUCAUCUCAGGUCUCCGGCUGAGCCAGUUAACGCUGCCGGGCCGCCACUCGGUGACGGACAGCGGCCUGACAUCCCUGUCCAAGCUGGCGCUGCUCUCAGAGCUGGACCUGACAGAUUACACGCGUGUCACGGACGAGGGAGUCGCCCAUUUGGCCGCCAUGACCAGGUUAAAGAAGCUCUCUCUUGGUAACACACUGGUGACGGACGAGGGUCUCCCUUUCCUACGUGGCCUGCUGGAAUUGCAGGAGCUGUGCCUGGACCGUACUGGUGUCACCAGCAGGGGCGUGGCGGCCUGUGUGACCUGCCUGCCCCACCUGCAGGUGCUCGGCCUGGCCAGCACACAGGUGGGUGACAAUGUGGUGCGGCGGGGCCUUCUGCACUGCCCCCAGCUGGUCAAGCUCAAUCUGAGUCGCACGCGCAUCACAGAUCAUGGCUUGAAGUUCCUGCGUCAGAUGCAUCUCAGCCAGGUGAACCUGGAUGGGACGGGCGUGAGUCUGCAGGGCAUCGCGAACUUCAUCUCAUCCUGCCCGAACGUAGCCAGCAUCCGAGCCAGUCACACUCGGGCCAUCGCGCCUGAUCAGGUCUCCGACGAUGAAGAUGACGCUGACAUCGCGUUGUGAAGUGGGCAGGGAGGGGGGAAGUCUCAUCAUUUCCCCCCCAGUGGUGGUGAGCUGUGUGUGCAGCAUAUUCACAGCUCUUGGCUUAGUCUUCUGACUGUGCACUCCUGCAAAACCAGUCCGGUUUAUAUACUCCUCCGCAAUAAGCAGUUCAUACUAACAUCUACUUUCUCUUGCUGGUAACAAACGCUGUUCGCUGAUAAAAGGUACUUCUGCAAACCAGUAAAUGGCUUUAAAGUCUGAGUAAAAUCUGUUUGCUCAGUUUAAAUAAACAAUAUCAGAAUCGUUUUAGCAGCUUUAAUUCCAAGCUCUAACUUUUAAGAUUCUCGAAUUUCAUUUAAUUUGGAUUCUUUAGUUUCUUUUCUUUUUGAAGGUUUUAUUAUAUGAUUUAAAAAAAAAAAAAAAACCAUGGUGUGAUCAGUAAGAGUAGGCGACAUCACAAAGGGUUUUUUUUUUUUUUUUUUUUUUUUGUAAACUGCAUAACUGCAAAUAGACUAAAUCAAAACACUGGAUGAGGCCAGUGUAUCUCAUAAACCACACUGUCUGGUGUUUGGCCCGAGUCCGCCCAGAGAUGGAUGGAUAGAUGGAUAAAGCACAGCUAUUAAAUGAAGCUUCCCUCGGGAAGUGGGCGCCACACCUUAUUCGUGCCCGAGUGGCCCUUUCUGUCUUGGGGGUUUAUGCAGAGCUGAAUGGGUGUUGGCAGUGGUGCCCAUCAAAGCAGAGUAUGAAGCUGCCUUCAUGCAGUCAGAGGUGGUGAAGCCCACAGAAGAGCUGGGAUUGACAUGCAUGUGCCACUGCUCACACCAAUUACAGAACAUCUUCCUGUAACUGCACAAUGUUCCUGAUUUCAUGCUGUUUUCCAAGAAUGUUAUUUGGGUCCCAGCAUGUAUUUUGAGGAGAGUAAAGAGACUUGCUCUUUAACUUAAAUUUCUGUGUGGAAUUAUAAUACUAUCAGGAAAAUAACUAUCUCACCUUCUCAAUGUUUUCUCAUUCAUUAGGCAAAACCAGGUUAGAAAAUCACUAUGUUGAUUUUUUUAUUUUUUUUUGUUUUUGUCUGGCUGGCAUGAAGUCCUGUGAAAUAUUGAUCAUCCGGACACAGAUAAACGUUGUAUGAAGUACAUCAUGUUGUCCAAGAUUUGAAGUUUUGACAGCACAAGAUGCCAACAAGUUGUUUUUCUUUAAGCAUUUGGCAUCUUGUUAGGGAAGUGCUUCAAAUUGUUCAUCCGGUGGUGUGUCAGUAACUGAUCCAUUAACUACAGAUAAUUCAGCUGUAAUGCAAAUCUUUCCCUUUACCAUUUGUGGAUGACUAUCAUUGUCUAAAUUGCACCCGCAAAAAUGUUUAACCAGAAUGUAUGGGCAUAUAUGUAACCGUUUUCCUAGCUCAAAUAUAGUAUAUUUUCUAAACUGUACCAGAUUGUUUAAAAUAUGUAACACAUUCUGCAAUGACAAUUCUCAAUCAAUAAAAAAGAUUGUUUUGAAAUGCA